UACAAUCAGAUGCGAUCGGUUCUGAGCAAGAAUAUUAAACCCCAACUGGAUCAUAAUGUGAUAACAAAUAAAUCAAGCGAUACAGUUGGUGCAGUAGCAUUAGAUCAUGAAGGGCGUUUGGCAUGUGCUGCGUCUACUGGAGGACUCACUGCCAAAGAGUCUGGUCGUGUUAGUGAUUCCAGUAUUGUUGGCGCUGGUUUUUAUGCGGAUCGAGAGAUCGCAGUGAGUGGAACUGGGAAUGGGGACGAGUUCAUUCGAAUUUCGGCUGCGAAGCAAAUAGCUGAUUUGGUGAAAUAUUCCAAAAUGACUUUAUCACAAGCAUGUAAUCAGGUUGUACUUAUUGAUUUAAAGCAAACGAUGGCCGGCUUCAUAGGACUCGAUAAGGACGGUAAUAUUGCUAUGCCCUUUAACACGCCAGGCAUGUUCAGGGCUGUACUGCUCGAAAACAGCAAACCUGUUGUCAACAUUUAUGAAUAA